AUUCUAAGAGCUGUACGAUGAUCAGGACGCGAGAAAUGAUACCCUUGUUUGGAAACACGAUGGGAAGAAAGAUCCCGAUAUUCGAAGAAUUGUUAUGGACGUGGGAAGAUACGAAUUGACUCGAGGCGACACCGGCACCUCGAACCCCUGCAGCUCGGGUAACCCCACCUUCGCAUUGGCUCCGAUUUCGACAACCAGCCCGCGGUCGGGUCCCUUUGCCGCCAUCAGCAACCUCUUCACGUUGGAUAUUUCCAGUCCUUUCCCACCUCACUCGAAGAACGAAAUCGAGCAAACAACAACAAGCCCGAGCCUACAAAGCCGGCCCUCGAACAAUCGCGUUUGAUCUUUCUCAAUUUCCCCCAGUCGAAGCCGCAUCGGAACAUUUAACGACCAUUGCCCC